UUUGGCAAAUAACUUCCGUCAGCCCACCGGUUUACCAUUUUGUGAACGAAAAGAAGAAGAAUGGCUGCAAGGUUAUUCCUCAGAUCGUCCAUUUGCGCUCUUAGGACAUGCCGGGCAACCCCUGUGGCAGCCCUUUCUCGUGGAAUGUCGACUGGAGGCAUUCCAACUGAUGAGGAACAAGCCACUGGGAUGGAAAAGACUGUUAUGCACGCUUUGAGACAGGGCACUGACCCUUACAGCAUGCUCAAACCUAAAGAGUAUGCUGGGUCCAAAGACGAUCCACACAUUGUACCCUCCAUCACCAACAAGAGGAUUGUGGGUUGUGUCUGCGAGGAAGACAACACUCUGGUGGUGUGGUUCUGGCUGCAUGCCGGGGAGCCCCAGAGAUGCCCAUCCUGUGGGGCUCAUUACAAACUGGUGUCUCAUGAGCUCCCUCAUUGAGCUGUUUACAGAGGAAAGAAUUUAUCUGCAACCAUUUCACCUCAAAUUGUUCGUUACAUGCAAAUAAUGCAGGUGUUACACUCCUUGUGGUUUGGGACACAAGACUUCAAAAAUUCCACUUCUCAGCAUAUUCUAACCGAUCUGUAUACUUGUUAUUUGGUCCAAAACCUCUUAAUAAAAUGUAUGGUACCUCUAAA